GUAAGUGGCCAAUCAGCGGGCGGCAUCGACACGUCAGUUCUGGCCCUCAGCUCCCAGGCUCGAGGUCUGUUUGACCGCGCUUUUCCCAUGAGUGGAGUUCCAGGAGUGGACCAUCCUAUGGUUCUGGCUAGGGAGCCUGUGGUAAUGGCAGACAUGCUUGCCAGACGCGAAAAGUGUCUGUGUGAGUCGGCCCCCACGCCCCAGACAUCUGACCAAUGGGAGGCGGUGUUAGACUGUUUGAGGCGACUGCCGGAGGACAGGUUCGCAUCCCUGGAAGGUUUGGGAAAUUUGCCGUCUUGUGGGCCCGUGGUGGACGGAGAUCUUUUACCGAAACAAAUCAAAGAUCUGUUCUCGGACUCGGCGUACUUGGAGAGUAUUGGCUUCUAUGAAAAAGAUUAUUUGGUCAGUGUGGUCAACAACGAGGGGGGUCAACCCUUUAGCAGACUUUGCCGCUGACUGCAUCUUCCACGUCCCGAGUCUAGAAUUCGUCAAUGCAAUUUCCAGUGGAGGGGGUGGUGAAAGGGGAAAGGUGUACCUGCUUCGUUUUGAUGAGUACCCAGAGUUCAUGGCCGGCCCGUACAAAGGAACCACCCACGGGCUUGAUCUGUCUUACCUCUUCGAUCUCCGCCAAGAUGAACUCAGAAAAUUUCUGGACUAUAAGGUUGACGAAAGCAAGUGGUCAAGUGCUGAUACUGACCUCAAGGACAGGUACUGUGAUCUGGUCUCAUCUUUUGUCAAGACUGGAAAACCGGAAGUGCCAAAAGGAGCCAGUGGCAAGGUGCCCCCAACAUGGCCGCCCUAUGACCCCGUCAAGGGUCAGUACCUGGCCUUUAGCUCGGCUCCCAGCCUGGCUCAGCACCUCAAGGCAGACCGCCUGAGAUUCUUCCAACAGCAGAUCCCAGAAUGGAUCCGGGAAUUCCCGCUGCAGCCUCCGAGCAAAGACGAGCUGUAGAGCAUCAUGGAUGAACUCUUU